CUACGACCUUGUCAAGGCAUUGUGACCUUGUGACCUUGCUACCAGCCUCUUUACGAUGCAACAAGUGAUGUCUAUGGACUCUGGGAAGACGACUUUGUCCUCUUGGGCAGGGAAAACCAUGGGCCACUUCCGCUCGACUACGAGAAAGUCACUCGAUGGCGGGGUCGAUGAGAUGUCGACCGUGGCGUCAACUAGCCUCCAUCGCCUCAUGCGCAAGUCCGACUCCAAGGAUGCUGAUGCAUUAACUGCAUUCCUUACUGCGCUCGACGACAAGGACGUUAAUGGUGUCACCUCUGCCGUUCAAAACACACCUAAGUUCAUCGAGUUCCCCAUCCAUAACGAUGGCAUCUUGUUGCAUGCUCUUUGCCGGUGGCCCAAUCUCUCGGACGUGUUGCACCUCCUCGAACUUGCUGUGCACACGUUUCCCGAAGGCGUGGCCUUCAUGGACGAGAUGGGUCGCACUCCGCUUCACUGGCUUUGCAUGAACCCGACUGUGUGUGCUCGGGGCAUCGAGGUUCUCGUCCUGGGCUUUCCCGUGUCGGCAGCCAUGUGCGACAAGGAGUCGUCACUUCCCAUCCACUACUUGAGCUGCAACCCAUCGCAAACGAUCGACAUGACGUUAAAACUACAGCACUACGAAACGUUUGCCCUGCGAAAUCGAGAAGGCCGUACGCCGCUGCAUUGCCUCUUGGCGCGCCACUCAACCGACUUUGAGCUAUGCGCGACCCUCUUGUCCUUGGCGCCCGAAGCCAUCUCCAUUGCCGACAAUAUGGGCCGGCACAUUUUGCAUUGGGCAUGUGCGGGAAAGAAGAGCUUGGAUAUGCAACUGCUUCAACUUGUUCUGACACUGGACCCCACUGCAGCCAGUCGAAGCGACAUGAAAGGCCAGUUGCCCCUGCAUGUCCUGGUCUCAAAUCAAUUGGUCACAGUCGACGCCAUUCAGUUACUCCUGCCAGCAUAUCCCCACGCCGUGGAUGUGAUCGAUGCGAGCGGCCAAUCUCCCCUGCAUUUGCUAGGUGCCAACGAGUCGGUGCAUCUUGCCAUGCUCGUAGCACUGACUGACCCUGGUCGGAAUGUUCCCACGAGCUUGAAAUGGCUCGACGAUGAACACUCGUCGGCCCUGCACAUCUUGUGCACAAACCCUCGCGCCACGACCGCGAUGGUCGAGCUCGUUCUGCAGACGUACCCCGCGUCUGCGCAGCUUGUCGAUCUGUAUGGAGCCACACCGUUCCACUACACGUGCGGCAAUCCCGCCGUGACGGUGGACCUUGUAUGGGUAUUUUUAGACAAAUGCCCCGCCGUGUGCAAAGUCGUCGACCAACGUGGCAAAACCCCACUCCACUACCUCUGUGCCAACCCAAACGUGACCCCCGACCUGAUCAGCAUCGUGUUUGAUGCGUAUCCAACGUCGUCGCAAGUUAUGGACAACGCCAUGAAGCUGCCUGUGCACUAUAUAAUCGAAAACCCGGGCAUCCCGUCGGAUAUGGCGUACCGACUGCUGGCCAACGGAUCCGCCUACCGCCUGCGCUACGACAUCCAGGAAGUACCCCAUGUCCCACAUGCGUGCGUCACGUACUACUUCAACGAGACCUUCUCGCCCGCCACCGUCUACUGCGCCGUGGACGUUGCGCUGGACUCGCGCACGUCCAAGGCGGUGGUUCUGCACUACUUUUCGGACCGAACAACGUUCCAGCACCUCUUGACGUCGUUGGCGCAGCUCGACAUCUCGAGCUCCGACACGACAAGUGUAGCGUUGGUGGACUCGUUUGACAACGCCCGCAAGCGAAUUCGAAUCGAGGAUGCGUCGCCCAUCUUGGACUUCUGCCUCGUCCUCGAGCACCCCGCCGCUACCGUCGACGAAAUCCGGACCCAAAUCGACGCUCAAGCGCUCGUGACGUCGCUGGGCCAGUGCGUCUCCCACUGGCACACGACUGCUGGUCUAGCCCACGGCAACAUGACGCCGCGGUCGAUUGGGUUCUUUCCCGACCGUGGGGGUGCCUUCAAACUGCUUCCGGCCUUGACCAACCAGUCCACAACAGCAACAAUAUCCCCCCCCCUCCAAAUCGCUUAUUACCCCGUCACAGAACCGCUGUACUGCGCACCUGAAAUGGCCGAGGUGCUGUUAACACGUCCGUUUGCAGUGCCGACACUGGCGUCAGACAUGUGGCAAUUUGGCUGCACAAUGUACGAAGUGGUUACGGGGGUGCCGCUGGUCACUGCCAUUGCACCGUACAGUGCCAUGCUCCCCCCCAAACAACUGUACCACGUGAUUGCGUCACUCACAGACGCCGUCUUGGAGCAUGUGCUGACCCCCCUACCGACGGACAUUCGCGACACGUUGUCGCAUGUGCUCAAGGUCCAACCAGGGGCUCGUUGGACGAUCGAUCGUGUCAUGGGCGUGGCGGGUCUGUCGAUGCUAUCGCACCCGCCCUCCUCGUCCUCCGAGCAAUUGAAGUGGGGGUUCAGUUGUCCGUUGGCAGGAGGGCGUGCCUGCAGUCACGACCAAGAAGCCGCCAUCCACAUGGCGCUCCAAGCAGACGUUGACCAACUCACACAAAUGCUCCUCCAAGCCAAGACCCAACUUCGCCAUGUAGAACUGGACCGCGAUGCGUUGCAGCGGCAGCUGUGUGAGCUCGUGGACCACUUCAACAGCGUGCUGCAGGACAAGGAAGAAACCAAACACGUGGCAGCGGUAACCGAAAUGAAGCGCGCGUCGUUGGCCACGCAGCUCGACACGAUGGUGCACAUGGUCAUGUCUGUGAUCCCCCUCGCCCAACAGGUGUAUGGGCAAUCCAGCGACGACUUUUUAGCGCACACGAUGGCAGACGCGGCGAACGCUACGGUGAAGCCAUCGUACGCCAUCGAUCAGUCAACGACGCCGUCGAGUCUGGUGGGGCUGGUGAAGGCGCACAUUCGCCACACAAUAGUCUCAAAGGGGUGCAUUGCCAAGUGGGCCACGUCACACUCUACCAACGUACCUUCGCUGCUGGACGACCAUCCGUUCCUUGGCAACCCUGCAGAUUGCGACGCCUCGCCGAAUAUGUACCUGUAA